CUUUUUGAAAUAUUCCAAGGCCAAUCACAAUGCUUCUAACUAUAUUUAAGGGCACCUUUAGGUCAGCUUACUAUUGAGAGCCCCUGUGUUUUCUGUUGUUCCAAAUGGCUCGUACCAAGCAGACGGCUCGCAAGUCCACCGGCGGCAAGGCGCCGCGCAAGCAGCUGGCCACCAAGGCCGCCCGCAAGAGCGCGCCGGCCACCGGCGGCGUGAAGAAGCCUCACCGCUACCGGCCCGGCACCGUGGCGCUGCGCGAGAUCCGCCGCUACCAGAAGUCCACCGAGCUGCUGAUCCGCAAACUGCCGUUCCAGCGCCUCGUGCGCGAGAUCGCGCAGGACUUCAAGACCGACCUGCGCUUCCAGAGCUCGGCCGUCAUGGCGCUGCAGGAGGCCAGCGAGGCCUACCUGGUGGGCCUGUUUGAGGACACCAACCUGUGCGCCAUCCACGCCAAGCGAGUGACCAUCAUGCCCAAGGACAUCCAGCUGGCCCGUCGGAUUCGUGGAGAAAGGGCAUAAAUCUAUCCAACUCCCAACUGAUAAAGGCUCUUUUAAGAGCCACCCACAACUUCACUUGAAAGCAGCUGCAGUAUUUCCGUUGUAACUGCUAUCUAGUGCAUGAAGUCGACUUUUUUUCCUUUUACAUUUUAUUGCAAUACCAUUGCGCUUAUUUCCAAGCAUUUUCCAAUGAGAAUUUAGGUUAAAGUGGAAUUUGCUAAGUUGCAGGUGGUUUUGCAAGGCGCUGUUGUGUCUCUUUGUACUUGUACUUUUUCAGUUUUUUUAGCCAUACGCAUGCUCUUAUACCUAAUUACAGCCAAGUAAGAUUGCUCUGAAGUGAAAAUCCCGUUCAUUCUAGGUAGUUUUCUUGAUAAGAGAACAGUGUUUUGUUUUUGUUUUAGUGGUGGUCUUUGUGGUGGCGCUUUCAAUUG